CUCAUGUAAAAUCUUAUGAGUUAUUGGUAAUAUCAUAUCCUUAGUUAGCGGAUCUACGACGAUAGUCAAGAGGGACCUUAGUAUUCUAGAUAGUAAACAUACCCACUGUUGCGCUGGUACAUCCUUGAGUCCCUGGCUUAUGUAUACGCAGUUGUUGUUCGUCUUCGUAUUAGCCCCCCUGUAUAUCUUGCAAGAGCUUUCGAAUCUGGAUCUUGGAGGAUAUUUUGAAUGUCGGUCUUCUCGGUGGUGGUCUCUUCGGUGGUCUUUUCGGUGGUGGUCGCUUCGUGGUCGGUCGCUUCGUGGUCGGUCGCUUCAUGGUCGGUCGUUCCAUGGUCGGCCGCUUGACACAGUACAAUCAAUCCACUUUCAAUAUCGCCGCGCGUUAUUGGAUCAAAUAUUCUGCGACCAUCUUGUCGUAUAGAUGUAUAAAGCGUAUCAAGAUACCGUAGGUCUUUAACAUUGGCUUGACCAACAAACACAUUACUAUUGUUUUAGAACCUUAUUGCUAGGAUGCUAGUGUGCUUGUUUUAUUGAACUGGCCGCAUCAAAAUU